AUGAUAAGAGAAGCAGACAGGCUGUUUGUUGUGACUAAAUACUACCCAUUAUUUAUUUGCACGAUUAUGUGGCUCUGGAAGAAGAAAGAAGAGAAUAUCGCUUUCAAAGUACCAGAAAUGGUCCAAGAUAACUUUAUUGCCCUGGCAUAUGCCAAUACUGAGGGAGAAAGAGAAGUAGAUAUAGUUGGCACUAAUGGUGCUCGUAAUUCGAUUGUUAUUCUAUCUAAGAAACUAGGAGGUUUUGUGCGCGAAACUGAAAUGCCAGUCCGAUCUCGAGUUGACUUUAUUAUUCCCGUAGAUAUGGAUAAUGAUGGUGCCGCCGAAUUUAUUGUGGUGACGAAAGAACAGUCGCAUUACCAGAUGACACUAGUUAAUGGGGAGGGUAUAGAACAGGACAUGGGCAAGUCAGACUCAAUGCCGUUUCUGGUUUCGCACAAGAGUCUAAUUCCAGCCGUACUGGUACAGUCCGGAGGAAAGUCUUAUCUCAUACGAGGAGACAAAGGAGUCUAUCGAACUGAAAUACCCGAAAAGCUCGGAUUACUCCGACCAGGACAUUCAUCCGCCUUUGUUGAUGUGAAUGGCGAUGGCAUUGCUGAUUUAGUACUGGAUACCAUCGAUGGAUCUGAGCGCGUAGUAGAGGUAUGGUUAAAUAGAGAGACCGGAUUUGAGUUCAAGGAAAGACUAGUACUGCCUGAAGCAGCCGGUCCGUUUGUUCUAGGCGACUUUUCCGGCCGAGGUUCAGCUGAUAUUUUGUAUCUUACCAAUACAGCCCAAGGACCCGCUGUUAAUCUUUUACCCAAUGCCCGACCGACUUACUGUUCCUCUAACCAGCAAGAGGACUGUCUACCAGCAACCAUGAUUAUGAAAGAAAGUGAAGUCUUUGGAUACACCCAGUCAUCAUUAGCCACUUACUAUUUAGGCAACGAAAUACCCGACUCUCAAUUUGUCCUGUAUAAUCACCAAAUUCCAAUCUUCCCAGCUGUUCUGGACUUGAACAAGAACACUCUUCCCGACUUACUAGUCCUUGUUCAUAACACCCAAACCAACCACCGCCAUCCCAUGGUACUAAUGAACCGGCAUGGUAAAGGCUUCCAUGUCCAACCAACUGCUCUCCAAUGGAAUUACACGCAGCAGAACAGUGACAACAUUUCUUUUCUAGCUGCCGCCCGCGGGGUCUCUGAUAUUCUUCUGGGCACACUAGACCAAUCCCCACAAAUCUUCCUAGCCAAAAACGAGUCAGACCUCUUCGGGUACCACCUAAGCAUAUCAGCUAUUGGUGAAAAUGCCAAAGGCAAGUACUCAUCACCCGUUAUUGGCACAACCUAUGCCUGCAAGAUUGUUGAAACCGGCCGAGUUGUAACAGGGUUCUAUCCACCACAAAGUGGCUACGCCCCCAUGCAAACUCCAGUCACUACUUUAGGUCUUGGGAACACCAAUGUUUUUGUCGGAGCCGUUCAUACUCGUGUUCCACAUACAGCCUAUGCUCCAGCCCUUGCCGUUGAUAAGAUUGUUCCCAACUCCGAACUAAUGAUGCAACUCCGCAAUGGCACAAUUAAGCACGUUCUUCACCUUAACAUCACUGCCUACUGGGCAGUAGCCGUUCCCAUUAUUCUUUCACUUAUGAUGUUCUUCGGUGUCAUAGCCAUGUACUUCAUCUACAAAGAGAAGCGAAAGACCGUUAAGAACAAAGCCAAAACCCGGUACGACAUUAAUUUCAGUGCCCUCUAA